UCCCAGCACUUCGGGAGGCUGAGGCGGGUGGAUCACCUGAGGUCAGGAGUUUGAGACCAGCCUGGCCAACAUGGCGAAACACCGUCUCUACUAAAAAUACAAAAAUUAGCUGGGUGUGGUGGCGAGUGCCUGUAAUUCGAGCUACUUGGGAGGCUGAGGCAGGAGAAUCGCUUGAACCCGGGAGGCAAAGGUUGCAGUGAGCUGAGAUCACAACACUGCACUCCAGCCUGGGUGACAAGAGCAAAACUCCUCUCAAACAACAAAAAAAACACGUUGCAGGAAUCCAAAGUGUCUUUUUAAUAAUUAGAACAGCUAAAGAUGUUUACUAAUUUGCUCAAAAAACACGCUACAAUUUAGUAGUCCAUAGGAUUUUGGAGGCAAGUUUGAAGGUAAAAUGAAAUGAGUUUGAAUAAAGGGUGAUUUGUAUUUUAAGGGUCCAUAAAUAAUUUCAGUUUCAUGUUAUGAGUAUGUUUCAGUGGGAAAUUUUAGUAUAACUACAACUAACAUCCUCAAAGAUUUCCCAUAAAAAUUAAUACCUCCCUUAGAGGGACAACUAAUUUUAGGAACCGGAUUGAGGAAGGAACCAGAAAUGAACAUAGAGGUGUCAUUCACACAUGAGCUGUGUUGAAACUUAUUUUUCUGAAGCAUAAAAUCCAUCGAAGAAUCACUUUUUGGGAUCUUUUGGGGGAACUGGGAAGUGUAAGCAAAGCAUCUCAAAUUUCUGUCUUGGUUCUGGAAAAUACUGAAAGUUCACUUCUGAAGUAGCUGUUGAUUUAUUUAGCUCCAUUGGACCGACUGAGAGAAGCUUAGCAAUUGAGUGAGUCAUUAAAAUAACAGCUCAGCUAUAUGGCUAGGCAUGACUAAAUGAUUGCCUCAUUGUUUGUUUUUAACGUGGUAAAUGUGUACUUAAAGUUGUACACGUGUACUUAAAGUCGUAUUGAAACUAACAUAAAAUUGAGUGAUUGGAACAGCACAUUAUCAUUUAUCCUACCUUGUUAGGAAGUUACCUGUUCUAGGUAAGUGAAUUCUCCGUGGAGUGUGCUUCUCCUUUUAGGAGUCAGUCUCCAAGAGUGUUUUGAAAUGGAACACUUUCUAACCAGAAUAUAGUCUUUUCUUGGUGACUUUUGCUUGUGAUGCUGAUCAGUGAUGCCUGUUGUCUAACACAGUACUGUCUUCAGGACCUGCUGGAGUGCAGACAGUCGCUGAGCCCUCACUGAGUCAUCUGGCCUCCAGGCUUUUUGAGUUCUCCUGUUUGUUUUGCAUAAGGUUUGUCUCUUUCUGUGGCUGCCAUUUCAUGGUUUGGGCAGAAUGCUGCCUCCAGAAAUGCCACCCUUACUUUUGCUGCAUCUAACCUACUUUGCCUGGGAAACUGGAUUAAACCAAUUAGAAUUUGGGUUAGCGGUGAAAUGAACGUAUAGCUAUAUAGAUACAUCUUUUAGUAACCAGGUUUCCAGGUCGGGGAAUCUGUAAUAUGUGACGGUUGAGUAGGAAUUCCUGAGUAACAGUCCACUGGAUGCUGCUAUGAAGAAUGGUUAGGUUAAUAUUUUGUUGUUGCUUCGUUUAAACUGUAAAUCUGCGUAAGUGGUAGGUGUUGGUUUUGUUGCCUUUUUUAGGAUAGCUACUUGUGACUGGUGAUCUCCUAGUGGCCAAAUUCCACUGACUCUACGUUUAUUACUCCUUCCUUCCACAGUCUCGGUUUCCCUCCUCUCAGCUUGUUCUGCCUUAGUGACCUUUGCUGGCCACUGUCUCCACCUGCUUUCUAAACAGUGCUCCCAUCUGGGCGCCCUCCCCUGCCCCUGCUCGUCACCACCUGGACGCCACGGCUACAGCUGCACUGAAACCGUUCUCAUUCCCCCAGCAGUAAUGUUCAGAAAGCAGGUUCCUGUCUGUGUUGUACCUUGCCAGGAUAAAUUAGUAUGUAUUGUUUUAGGUCUUCCUAAAGAAAGGAAGAGAAGGAGACUGAAUUAGGAUGAUAACAAAAAGUUCUAGAGAUCUAGGUAUUGUGACAUAUAUAUAUAUUUAAUUCUUGACAUCUUGGUAGCACUUGACUGUAGACUGACUUUGGAAAUGUGACAAAAUUUCAAAUGAGCUUAAGAAGCCCACAGAGCUAACAGUAGCUCAGAAGAUUUUGUUUCUAGAGUGACAUUGAGUGUGGUGUCCCCAAGCAACCCACUGACCUGUGAGGGGAAGUUGAUGGUAUUUUCUGGGCUUUGAUAACAUGGACUUUCUGUUUUUUUGUUUUUUUGAGAUGGAGUUUUGCUCUUUUUGCACAAGCUGGAGUGCAAUGGUGUGAUCUGGGCUCACUACAACGUCUGCCUCCUGGGUUCUAGCGAUUCUCCUACCUCAGCCUCCUGAGUAGCUGGGAUUACAGGCGUGCGCCACCAGGCCCAUAUUUUUAGUAGAAACGGGGUUUCACCGUGUUAACCAGGCUGGUCUUGAACUCCUGACCUCAGGUGAUCUGCCUGCCUUGGCCUCCCAGAGUGCUGGGAUUAUAGGCAUGAGCCACUGUGCCCCACCAACAUGGACUCUCUUAAAUAGACUUGGUUUCUGUCUUUUGCACAUGGUAGAGUUGAUAGAGAUAUGAGGCUGUGUUCUCCCCCAAAAAUGACCUUUAAUCCUUUCUAUAAAGAUGUAGCUGACCUUUAAUCAUCUCAGCCCUUCACAAGGCACCAUACAAGCUGAAAAUGUGUAUCUGACAUGCAAGCUCAGUGGGGCAGAGACCUGUGGAUUGCUGUGCCCUGCCUUCCAAACCCGGAUCAUGAAGGUGUUGGGAAGAAGCUUCUUCUGGGUGCUGUUUCCUGUCCUUCCCUGGGCGGUGCAGGCUGUGGAGCACGAGGAGGUGGCGCAGCGUGUGAUCAAACUGCACCGCGGGCGAGGGGUGGCCGCCACUCAGAGCCGGCACUGGGUCCGGGACAGCUGCAGGAAGCUCUCAGGGCUUCUCCGCCAGAAGAAUGCGGUUCUGAACAAACUGAAAAAUGCAAUUGGAGCAGUGGAGAAAGACGUGGGCCUGUCGGAUGAAGAGAAACUGUUUCAGGUGCACACAUUUGAAAUUUUCCAGAAAGAGCUGAAUGAAAGUGAAAAUUCCGUUUUCCAAGCCGUCUACGGACUGCAGAGAGCCCUGCAGGGGGAUUACAAAGAUGUCGUGAACAUGAAGGAGAGCAGCCGGCAGCGCCUGGAGGCCCUGAGAGAGGCUGCAAUAAAGGAAGAAACAGAAUAUAUGGAACUUCUAGCAGCAGAAAAACAUCAAGUUGAAGCCCUUAAAAAUAUGCAACAUCAAAACCAAAGUUUAUCCAUGCUCGACGAGAUUCUUGAAGAUGUAAGAAAGGCAGCGGAUCGUCUGGAGGAAGAGAUAGAGGAACAUGCUUUUGACGACAAUAAAUCGGUCAAGGGGGUCAAUUUUGAGGCAGUUCUGAGGGUGGAGGAAGAGGAGGCCAAUUCUAAGCAAAAUAUAACAAAACGAGACGUGGAGGACGACCUGGGCCUUAGCAUGCUGAUUGACUCCCAGAACAACCAGUAUAUUUUGACAAAGCCCAGAGACUCAACCAUCCCACGUGCAGAUCACCACUUUAUAAAGGACAUUGUUACCAUAGGAAUGCUGUCCUUGCCUUGUGGCUGGCUAUGUACAGCCAUAGGAUUGCCUACAAUGUUUGGUUAUAUUAUUUGUGGUGUACUUCUGGGACCUUCAGGACUAAAUAGUAUUAAGUCUAUUGUGCAAGUGGAGACAUUAGGAGAAUUUGGGGUGUUUUUUACUCUUUUUCUUGUUGGCUUAGAAUUUUCUCCAGAAAAGCUAAGAAAGGUGUGGAAGAUUUCCUUACAAGGGCCCUGUUACAUGACACUGUUAAUGAUUGCAUUUGGCUUGCUGUGGGGGCAUCUCUUGCGGAUCAAACCCACGCAGAGCGUCUUCAUUUCCACGUGUCUGUCCUUGUCGAGCACACCCCUCGUGUCCAGGUUCCUCAUGGGUAGUGCUCGGGGUGACAAAGAAGGCGACAUUGACUACAGCACUGUGCUCCUCGGCAUGCUGGUGACGCAGGACGUGCAGCUCGGGCUCUUCAUGGCCGUCAUGCCAACUCUCAUACAGGCGGGCGCCAGUGCAUCUUCUAGCAUUGUCAUGGAAGUUCUCCGAAUCCUGGUUUUGAUUGGUCAGAUUCUUUUUUCGCUAGCGGCGGUUUUUCUUUUAUGUCUUGUUAUAAAGAAGUAUCUCAUUGGACCGUAUUAUCGGAAGCUUCACAUGGAAAGCAAGGGGAACAAAGAAAUCCUGAUCUUGGGAAUAUCUGCCUUUAUCUUCUUAAUGUUAACGGUCACGGAGCUGCUGGACGUCUCCAUGGAGCUGGGCUGUUUCCUGGCCGGAGCGCUCGUCUCCUCUCAGGGCCCCGUGGUCACCGAGGAGAUCGCCACCUCCAUCGAACCCAUCCGCGACUUCCUGGCCAUCGUUUUCUUCACCUCCAUAGGGCUCCACGUGUUCCCCACGUUUGUGGCGUACGAGCUCACGGUGCUGGUGUUCCUCACCUUGUCGGUGGUGGUGAUGAAGUUUCUCCUGGCGGCGCUGGUCCUGUCUCUCAUUCUGCCGAGGAGCAGCCAGUACAUCAAGUGGAUUGUCUCCGCCGGGCUUGCCCAGGUCAGCGAGUUUUCCUUUGUCCUGGGGAGCCGGGCACGAAGAGCGGGCGUCAUCUCUCGGGAGGUGUAUCUCCUUAUACUGAGUGUGACCACACUCAGCCUCUUGCUCGCCCCGGUGCUGUGGAGAGCUGCAAUCACGAGGUGUGUGCCCAGACCAGAGAGACGGUCCAGCCUCUGACGGCACGGAGGUGAUGGACCGUGGAAGGGAGGCGUCUGUGGGGAGUGAGCGCUUAGAUGGCCGGCAGCUGCUCCUUCUGGGAAGCUCGCACCUUGGCAACAGAACAGCUCUCUAGCAAAGCGUCAGUGCAGUCGUGUUAUCCCGGCUUUUACAGAAUAUUCUUGUCCUAUUUUAGAAUUUUCCAGAGUAGUUUAUUUGCAGUCCAUUGAUUAUGUGCAGUAGACCCAGGACACUGCGUUUUACCAAUUGCCUUGAAUGUGGUGCCUGGACGUGCCUUUUUUUUUUCCCUGAAAUUAUUAUUAAUUUUCUAUUGUGAGUUCAUCAGUUCAUAGUCUUUUUCGUAAAGAAGCAAAAUUAAAAGGCUUUUAACAAUGUACAACUUCAGAAUUAUAAUCUGUUGGUCAAAUAUUUGUUAUUAAACAUUUCUGUAAUAUGAAGUUGUAAUCCUGGCCAUGAGCUUGGAAGCUUACUUUUGAUUCUUAAAGCCUAUGUUUUCUAAAGUGAGGCAAAUAUGGAUGUCUAUUUGCCUUUUAUUGUAACUUUUAAAUGAAAUAAUUUCAUGUCAAUUUCUAUUAGAUAUAUCACUUAAAAUAUUUGGUUUUAGAUCACAAGAAUAUGUAUUCUUUAAUAAAGAUAAUUUAUGAUCAGGGUAUAAUUGAAAUUUAUUAAAAUCUGUUUUUAUUAA